AUGGAAGCAAAAGAAACUGUCGUCGUCCCACACAAGAACCACACCCGGAGGAAUCCUUUGAUAUUACGCGUAUUGGAACUCUUUGACUCAUCUCAAGAACCACACCCGUUCUUCCCGGAGGAAAUUUUGGGUAUAGCCGAAACAGAAAAAACUAAUGUACACGAAUUUCUUGAUGUUAACGGCAGACCAGUUCUCAUAGUGGAUGCUUCUAAGCAUCUUUCUGCUACUCUAAGGGACACCAUCCAUCAAGAGUAUUGUGAUGUUGUCGAGAGGCGAGUUUUUACAGUAACGAGCAUAAGAGCUGAUGAAGAGACAAUGGAAAGAUUAAUCGACACACAAUACAGUGAACAUAUUUUCUGGAUGGCAAUCCAAGAACAAGGUGGAGGCCAGAUAAUGGACACUUUGGUCAAAAUUCAAGAGCGACACGAUGCUGUUAAAGAUCUUGAAAGAAAGCUUCUGGAUUUACAACAUGUAUCUUCUUAG